AUGUCUUCGACCAAUGGCGACAACAGUCCCUUGACCGACCGCUCCAAGCACUAUUCUGAGGAUUUAUCCCGCCACGGCCCAGUGGAGCGUCUUCCGAGCGAGCCUCGACACCCGCAUCCAGAACUUCGCAACCAGCAGACCCAGCUCUCCGAGAAAGACGAUAACAACGUUGCCGUCCGCCGCAUCAUCUCCAAGGAGAUUGAAGUCGAGAAACUCGAGCUCGUAUCUGACGGGAGCGGACGCCGCAUCUUGACCCAAGAGGGCGCCUAUGGCCACCUCGCUUUCGCUUUCCCAGAGUGGAGGAAAUGGCUCAUCCUGACCAGCAUCUUCAUCGUCCAGAUCAGCAUGAACUUCAACGCCGCCAUCUAUGCCAACUCCAUCCCCGGUAUGCAAAAGACUUUUGGUAUCAAAGCUUCUACAGCUCGUCUCGGCCAAUUCAUCUUUCUAGUCGCUUAUGCCUUUGGCUGUGAGCUGUGGGCUCCCUGGUCUGAAGAGCUGGGGCGCAAGUGGGUUCUGCAGGGCUCGUUGUUCUUGGUCAAUAUCUGGCAGAUUCCUUGCGCGCUGGCUUCGAGCUUCUGGAUGGUCUUUGGGUUCCGGUUCCUUGGUGGCUUGUCUAGUGCGGGUGGCAGUGUUACUCUCGGUAUGGUUGCCGACAUGUGGGAGCCUGCUGAUCAACAAUACGCCGUCGCUUUCGUCGUUUUCUCCUCUGUCGCUGGUAGUGUUGUCGCUCCUAUCGUUGGUGGCUUCAUUACACAGUAUCUUGCUUGGCAGUGGGUCUUCUGGAUCAGUCUGAUCUUCGGCGCUUUCGCUCAGGCCAUCCACUUCUUCACUCCCGAGACUCGUUCUUCGAUUUUGUUGCGCAAGCAAGCCAAGCGGAUGCGCAAGGAAGGCCACGAUAUCGUUACUGAUGAGGAGCUUGAAGGCACGUUCUUCCAGCGCCUCGACUUCAAGGAAUGCUUCGUGCUCAUGUGGCGACCAUACAAGUUCCUCCUCACCGAACCCAUCGUCGGCUUCCUCUCGCUUCUCUCCGGCUUCAGUGAUGCGCUCAUCUUCACUGGCCUCGACAGCUUCGCCCUGGUUCUCAAGAAGUGGAAUUUCAAUCAUGUCACCACUGGCUUAGCCUUCAUCCCUCUCAUGAUCGGAUAUGUCAUCGCUUACGCUCUGUAUAUGUGGGAGUACAAGAAGCAACGCACAGCUAUGACGAUGGAGAAUGGCAUUCGCACCACCGCUCUUAUGGCACCAGAGCGUCGUCUCAAGCUCCUGCUAUGGCUUGUUAUGCUCGAGCCCUUGGGUCUUCUCGGCUUCGCUGCUACCUCGCUCGGUCCACCAGCCGUCCACUGGAUCGCACCUCUGAUCUUCACCGCUCUGAUCGGCAUCGCCAACUUCGCCAUCUACAUGGCGACGAUCGACUACAUGGUCGCAGCGUACGGACCAUUCUCCGCCUCAGCUACAGGUGGUAAUGGUUUCUGUCGUGACUUCCUGGCUGGCAUCGCCGCUCUGUACGCCACUCCCUUCUACAACAACAUCAUGACCGGCACGAAAUGGCAGCUUCCAGUUCCGUCAUUCAUCCUCGCUGGUAUCGCACUCAUUGGCACCAUUCCAGUGUAUGUCUUCUACAUAUAUGGCAAGCCGAUCCGUGAGAAGUCCGAGUAUGCUAGUGAGCUUGCGAAUGAGCGUGCGGCUACUCAGCCGGCUCGAGAAGAGGCUCAAUCGCGUAAACACUCUCCUUCCAAUUCACCAGUCCAGAGUAGGCGGCGGUCACCUACACAGUCUAGGGCCGGAUCGCCGAUAAGACGGGCCUGGAAGAAGUAA